CUGUCAUCUGAGCUACGAGCAACGUAAUUUCUCAGUGAGAAAUAAAGUCUCGUGGCAUUAUAACCUUACUUUUGGCGGUCGCGCACGCGUAGAGUUUCUGAGUGUGUAUAGAUGUUGUGAGUGAUUUGAAAACAAGUUGAUGUUGUGGUAGGUUGUUAUUAUUGUGGAAAUAGUUGUGUGUUGUGGUUGUGCACUGAUAUUGGAUACGGUGAUAGUGGUGUGGUAUUAUGACGACGGUGCGCGGUGUUACUUAGUCGUCGCGAUGGCAUGUGGAUUAUGUGCGAGUUUGGCAGGUAUUCGUCGGGUGACAGUGUGAAGCAGCAGCAGCAUCAGGAGGACAUCAUGCAGAAUCAGGUGGUGGUGCAUGAGAGGGUGAGUGCUGGCAUCUCGCGGCCAGUGCAUCAACCAACUCCAGACGCCGCAAUCGAUUCGCGAAGGAGCAAGAGCAAGAGCGACAGGAAAAGCAAGAAGUCGUCGUCCUCCUCUCGACGACGCUCGACGUCCUCGUCCUCGGCCUGCUCGGACGCCUCCCGCAAGCGCCGGAAGAAGCACAAGCGUCACCAUCACCGCGACGACGAGGUGCCUCCCCUUCCCAGCCCGCGGGUGAACCCGAUCUUCCUGUGGGUGAAGCAGGACGACACUCGUAUCGUGGAGGUGCAUUGUGCCGACUACGACCGUCGCAACCGCAUCCGGCUGACGAAGACGGCCCAGGGUUGGCGCGCGAUCCCCCGCACCGAACGGCUGCUCUCCACCUCCACCACCCCUCUCUACACCACCUCCACUACUCCCAGACAAACCAAAGAUAACACCCAACCUCCUCCCUCCCAAAACAACAACAACAACGAACUGGCAAAGUGUGGUGCUGAUGUUGAUGUUGUUGCAAAAACUAAUAAUGACUGUGAUAGAACGGACAAUGCCUCUCCUCAUCGUGUUGAUGACGACAACAAUGAUGUCAAUGUUGUUGAUAACGACGACGAGGAUGGUGAUGACGAUGAUGAUGACGAAGAAGACAACAUCGCUCUUGUGAAGUUGAGAAACCGUGAAACUACGCUUGCCAGUAAUAAACCCCCGUGCCAUUCUUCCUCACCUUCAGCACCUGUACAGAGGUUGCAAAGUGAAUCCUCCCACUCCCCCUCCCCCAUCAAUCAUCAGUCACCCAAACGUCCAGCCAAAACUUCGGCAGCUGGUGAUCCCCUCGAUGUAUAUACUUUUGUAGCUACUCCACCAAAGACAGACGACCUACCUAUAGAAAUUGAAGACGACGACAGUAUUGAAGAGAUUAUUGAUGUUGAUAAGGAGGACAAUGUUGAUGGAAAUGUUGAUAGUGGUGUUGAUGUGAAGGAUACAGACGUUGAUGUUGAUCUCAACAAUGAUAGUAACGAGGACAAUAAUAUUGAUGUGAAUGUGAACAAUAAUGCUGAGAAUAUCGGUGCUAAAAUUGAUGCCGAACUUGAUGAUAAGGUUGAUGUUGAUGUGAAUGAUAACAAAUCACAACAAUCUCCUCCAGCACAUGUUGUUAUCAACGAAGAAAUUCGCGUGAACCCGGUGACAAGUGAUGUUAAAGACAAUGUUGAAGUUUUAAAAGAACCAAGUUCAGAUUGUGAUCCUGAAAAUUCCCAGAAAGCUCAGCAGGAAGCUUCAACAGCCAAAGAUCUAUUUGUUAGUGAGAGUGCAUGUGAUGAGGAUAAAAAUGAAACGUGUAAAAAUCUGGAUGCUGAAAGGAGUGAAGAUUUCGUAGCGACUGCUACAGAUAAUAAAUUUGGUGUUGGAAAAUACAGUAAAGAGGAACAGUUGGCGGUUGAAGAAUGUCUGAAGGCAGCGACAAAGAUGCAGGAGAGUGUGGACGAAGACGACGAUGACGAAACUAGUGCUGAAGAGGAGACGUUGAAAAUUGAGAGAAUCAUCGAAGAGCUUGAAGAUAUGGAUGUGGAGGAGAUGAGUGGCCAAAAACACAACCUAGAUGUGGACUCACAUAAAGGUGAUUCAUUCUUCUCAAGCUUUGAACAGGAAAUGAAAGACUUUGUUGUACGAGGGUUGGGUGAACAUCACAAAGAAAAUAAUGAUCUGCAUACUAAUAACACUUUCACUCCUCAUUCCAAUAAUACAGAAAAUAAUAUAAACAUUGAAGAAUUUAAUCAAGAUCUCAGUACACAUGAAGCCGGUGAACUUGUCAUGAAUGUGGAUGAAAUACAACCUUCAGUUGCAGAGCUUGAUGAAAAAUUGAGUGAUCAAGUAAUACCCAAUAAUGAGGAGUUAUGUAAUGAUACAAAAUCUAAUCACAUUAAUAAUCAGGUGGGUGAUGGAAAGAAUAAUGAUAAGGCAGUGGAGGAAAAUUCUGUGAAACUGAAAUUCAGUGAUGUAAAAGAUUUAGAAGAUCAUCUAUUUGAGGAUAUGAUAGAAGAAGUGAUUGAGGAAGAAGAGGAGGUGACUAGUAAGAGACAAAAAAUAGAAGAUUAUGUUCCUUCAUCUCUUCCUGAUGAAAAUCAAGAUUUGGAUGAAACCUUUGAUGAUGAAAACAGUGAAGAAGAUAGUGAUAAGGAGAUUAAUUCAGUAUCAGCUGAUGAAGGACCAAUAAAUCUUGUCAUUUCAAACAAAAAGAAAGAAGAUAGUGUUGUGAAAGAUGGAAAGAGUGAUCUGAAAAAGGAAUCAGUUGUUGGAUCCAACCUGCUAAAAUCGUUGAAUCUGCCAGAAGGAACAACAAUCCAACAAACUGAGGCACCUACUAGUCGAGCUACACCUUUGCAAAUCCAACAGAAUAAAAACAAAUUUCUACAAGCCAUACUUUCAUGCUCUAAGACACCAGUGGAAAAGAAACCGGUAAUAGAGGAGCCGUUGAACCUUGUGCCAUCCAGACGUCCAACCCCAAUGAGCUCUGAACCACCAGCCAAGCGACACAAGGCAGAUGACAUCAAUUUGAAAGCCAUCCUCAACCGCAAAAAGGAGAAAAGCUCAAGUGAACCCAACAAUAAUGUUAUCAAUGACAGUAAUAAACUUCAAAAUGCUGCAUUGGCUGCUCAAACAAAACAGAAUUCACAGAGUAACAAUCCGGGCAAGAAUAAUAAUAAUAAUACUUCGAGGUUACUUGAACUUCUAACUGACACAGAGUCAUCUAAUGACCCCCUAGCACAGCUGAAAGACGUGCUGUCAGAUCCUGAUCUACAAGUUCCUGACCCUCUACUAGUGCCACGUGCGAGGUUACCUGCCCUGGUCGCCAACCCAGCCAGGGAGAUACCUCGUCUCCUCUCACAAAACUCUGAAAUCCUGACUUACCCCAAACUACUCACAGACCCGGAUCUGCUAGUUGUCAGUCUGGCUCAUCUGCAGAAAAUGAUGCAGACGACGUGUAAAGAUGAAGAACAGUUGAGGUUGCAGAUAAUGCAGCAACAGUUGAAACAAGAGCAACAGCUGAAACAGGAGCAGGCAGCUUGUGCAUUAGAUGCAGCCACUUUCAAUCAGAUGCUGUGGUUGCCUUAUUUGAAUCAACUGGAGGCAGCAGCUGUAGCUUAUGGCAACAAUCCGGAGUUUCUAGCUAUGCUCAACUUGCUGUUUCCAGCUUCGCAACACAACCCUUACAACUUCAAUGCGAGUCCACUGAGUCCACAGGGCAACCCAUUCGCUGCAGUGUCUGGCUAUGAUUACAAGUCACAAAUGGAUCUGAACAUGGUACUGUGGCAGGAGGCGUUGGUCCAGGCGGGGGGAGGGGCUGCUGCAGCUGCAGCUCACACCACCACAGCCAACACUGCUAAUAUGUCGACUAAAACUGCUACAGUCAAUAGUUUGAACAAUAAUAACACUUUGGUGAACAACAACAAUAUUCAUCCGGGUAUGAAACCUGGGGGGCACCCCUAUCAGGAGACAAAGUACAACCCGAGGAUGCAGCAGUUGUACAAUACGUCGAAGAUGACUGCAGCCAGAACCAGUCCGAUUAGUCAGAGCUAUCAGCAGCAGAGGCACAGGGAGAGGGUGAACAGUGUGGGAGGAGGGGUGUACGGGGGUGGUGGGAUCCAAAGCCGCCCCCAAAUGACCCCCCCUGGGUAUCACCCGGCUGCUUCCCAUAUGAGCAGUCAGCAUCAUCAACAACAACAACAACUCCAACACCACCAACAACAGCAGCAGAGGUUGUACCAACAACAGAUGCAGAGGUUGGAUCAGCAGCAGCAGCAGUUGCAGAACUAUGCUGAACGAGCGAGGCAGACGCCGGUCUCUGAGUACCAGAGGCAGCAGUCAGCGGCUGUCUACAGCAGUCUGUAUGGCAAUGCGUCGACUGGCGGGGGCGCGGCAGGAGGCAGACCACCUCAUCACAACAUCAUACCAAAGAGUGAGCAGAUGUUGGAUAGGUUGAAAUCGCCCACAAACAUGUCGACGUCCUCAAAGUCAUGCCACAAAUCGCCUCACCACUCGAUGCUCCACCACGAUGUUCCACCACAACUCCAGCACUCGCUUCACCCGGCAACGUCGACCAGCAACAAUCUGCAUCAGCAGCAGAGUCAGCAGGAAAGGCCGGUGCCGGCCGAAAAGCCAAAGCUGAAGGUGAAAAACCUGGUCGACCCGAAUUUGAGGCCGAAACUGCUCAAGUUUGAGGACCAGCCGCAUCCAGAGAUGAUCCCGCCUCAUCCCAACACCGGAGUACAUCCGCAUCUCUGGCAUCCUCUGUUUAGCAGUCACCAGGACAAGACGUACACGAGCCCUUGGCAGUGGACGACCCCAGUCACCGUCAGCGGUGAAUGACCCGACUACUUCUGAACCCCUAGGCUGUGCUUAUUUUAUUAAUUCAUUUUUUAAGACUGGAUUAGAAGGACAGUUAAUUGACUAACAUACGUUAUUCGGUAGGCAUUAUCAUUAUCAUAUUGUUGUUAGUGUAUUUUGAAACUAUGUUUUCUACAAGUCUUACCUCUUCGCAUUGUUUAGUUUAUAAGUCAUUAAUUAUUAUCAAAUCAAACUUUAUUUCAUUAUCAGAUUGUGGAAAGUGUUAUGAUGUUAGUUGUGGUUUCAUCUCUGCAUGUUUCAUAUUUUAUUUCCCUCUUAUUUUGUUUUUACAAUAUUUUUUCGUUACUUUUAUUGAAUAUUGUCAAACAUUUUGUUCACUAAUUUCUUGUUCAGUUUUUUCUGAAGACAGUAAUGUAGAAAGUUCAAUUCACAGACAAUCUACAAGCAUUUGGAAAAUUGGAGACUUGGCUACUUCUAUUUGUAUUGUGGAACUUUAUUUGAUUCACAAUUUACUUCAAUUCACAAUUUUUCUAUUGAAGCUACUGAGCAGCCGAUGUAACAUUUUAUUUUAAAAAAUUUAAUCUACAGUAUAAAUUUAACAAAUCCACUUGGUCAAUAACAAUUGAUUAUUGACGAAAAAAAAACACUAAUUAUGAGGGGUCAUCUUGUUUUUAGUUCUCAAAUUUCAUCUUUCCCAAUUUUGAAAUUAAUUAGGCUGUGUAUCUCAUUGGAAUUAUAUUAUUAUAGAGUAGGUAGUCUCUAACAUUCUCAAAUUUCUAAGAAAAUAAAGCUCUUCCAAAAGUUGAUUAGUCUUCCAAGACCUAAUGAAGUAUUUCCCACAGCUUUUAGACAUUUAUCUGAAUUUGAUUAAUUUCUAUAAAAUAAUUAAUUGAAACUGUGGUCUGCAUAUCCUUCACCAAGUCUUCAAUCUUCCAACUAUAUUCUAUUGUGAUUGAAAUUUUGCCAUUGUUAUUCUUUUUAAUUCAUUAUACACUAAUGAAUUCUGUAUUGAAAUGAUUGAAAAUUUCAUUAUUUUAUUAUUACAAAUUAUUUUCUUAUUCAUGCACCAUUUAUUAUGGGUUCAGUUAUUAUUUCUUAAAUUAUUUAUCCCUUUUAAAAUAUCUAGUAUUCUGCAUUUUUGUUCAAAUCAAUUCAAUCUUAUUCUAUAUGAAUUGUUAUUAUUAUAGAUUAGAUAUUUUGAUCGCUACACAAAACUUGUGGUUGAUCAAAUAACUUAAAUUUUAUGAAUAUCAUGGUAUACGAUAUAUGACUAAAGAACUGUAUUUCAUAUCACAAUUUGAUUUUAUUAAUUCUCCCUCACACUAUACUAUUUAAUCGGAAUUUGGUUCCCCAUAAACAUACUGUUUGAUUAUAAUAUUAUAAAGUUUAUUGUACGGUUUUGAAUGUACAUUCUCUGACAUUUGUAAAAUGAUAAUAUCUAACAUGAGAAAUAUUAAAACAUGGGAAAAGGUGAAAUUAAUAUUAAAACCAAGUAUUUGGUUUGACAAUCUUGGUAUAGGAAGUAGGCUUCUGACUGAAAGUUGAAAAUUAUGGAGAAUUUAAUCAUCUUAAUCUAUCUGUCAAUCACAAAAUAUAUUCAAAUUGAAAAAGUAUUAAUUUGAAAUAUUCAACUCACUUAUUCUCGUCUCCUUGUUCAUAUAGAACUAGAAGUUUAUUUAGCUUCAUUUAUACAUUUAUAUUGAAUACAUUUAUACCAUAGCCUACUAUAGGCCUACCUUGUUUUAUUAUUUCAUAUUUUACUAUAUUCAAAAUUCAUUAUUCAUCUAUCCAUAGCUUAAAUUUACUUUUCUCAACUUGAAUUGUUUACGAAUUGUUGGGUAUUGUAUGAAUACUUUUCUUUCUAUAGAAAAUUGUCUAUUUCCUGAUUUUUGAGUAAUAAUGGAAAAAUGCUGAUUCACAAAUUAUAUCAAGAAAUAAUUCUGAAUUGAUUCUUAUUCUAAAGGAACAAUAACUCUAAUUUUCGACUAUGAUCAUGUGGAAUUUUUCCUUAUGUCAAAUAUUACUUGUACAAUUUCAUAAUGCAAUAUUAUUUGUGCAAUAUUAUUAUUCUUUGUUUUGAUUUAUUAAUAGGCUACAUUAUUGUAUCAUUCCAAUAUUUUUAAUCUAUGGGUCAAUUUGUUUUUCAUUUUCACUGUUCAACAACUAGGCCUAUGUUUGCCAAUGCUAGGCUAUUUUGCCAAGUAUUGAAUACAAAUUUUGGUUUGUGUCUUUGGUUUUGUUGGAAAGAUUAUCUGUUCUCUAAGCUGUAAACCUAUCAAAAUGUAAAAAAAAAAUAGAACUUAUAUUAUCAAUUUAUUUAUACUAGGUAUUCCAUUUUGUUUCAUAUGCUUCUGAAGCCCAUAUAACAUCUCAGAACUCCUUUGAGCUCUCAUGUUGUUAAUGCAUUAUACAAGAAUUAUCUACAACCCCUCUAUUCCCGGAUAUAGCACUACUUGAUAAUAAAUACAUAUCCUUAUCUGUUAUUAUACUGUAUAUACUAUAUUUCUAUGGGGAAGUUAACUCUGGAUCAAAUACUAUUCAUUAUUAUCCUCAUAUAAUAAUUACCUACUCUUCAUAUUGAUUCUUUUACAAUUUUGGUAUAUUUUUCGUCCAAUUGAAGUAUUAUUCUAUCUUGUUUGUUAUGCAUAAUUCUGAUUGAUGAUAUGAUUUCCAUGAUAUAAAAUUGAUGCUCCUUCAUGUAUUUAGAAGCAUACAAUUCAAGUUAUUGUUAAACUAUAAUAUUGUGAGAAACCAAUAAUUUAAUUAAUAAGAAUCUUUUCAUUCUACUCAUUUUAUACUGAUUCAAAUUUUGUCUUGCUUCCAAUGAUGUUUCUGGUUGAUAAGUUGAAAUUUAGUUGACAUUCAAUCAUUCCAUCUUAUUAUACUAUACAUUAUUAUCAAACUUUAUCAAUUACUUGUUCGGGAAAGUAUAUUUUUUAGUCAUUUAUUCAUGUUAUGAUUAUCAUUCAAACUAACAAAUUUCGAAAGAUUUAGCAUAAUUCUUUGUAAUGUUGGUGAAACACUAAUGCAGUCUAGUUGGGUUUCUGCUAUUUAAAAAAUGUUCCUAUAAAUUAUUGAAGUGAACUUCACUAAUACUGUAAUUCAUUUUGUCUAGUUGGAUUCAUCUGUACAUAAUGUACACUGUAUAAAUGUACAUAAAAAAUUGUUUACAGUAAACAUAGGAAUUGUAAAUGUGUUAAUGUAAAUUGUAUCUUGGAAAUUGAAAUAAAACCAGUAAGUUAUGAAAUUUUGUAAUGUUGUAAAAAUAAUGGGAAGUGCUAAAUGUUGAAAUAUGUUGAACGAUACAAAUGUUGUGUGUUUUGAUAUGAAAGCCAAUUUUGCAAACGGUUUCUGGACAAAUUAAAUUGUUCAAGAAACUAGUUGAUAGCUUAUCAAAAUGCUGUCUUUUGUACUACAAUAUAUUUAUGAGAAUAGUAAUGUUGUAUUAUGGGGCAAUUUUGCUGUAUGGAAUGCUUUCACCUAGUCUAUAAUUCUAGUUAUUAAAAUUAUUGUUAUGCAUAAAUAUUUAAACAUAAAAGCUUUCCAAAUAUUUAUUAACAUUAUUUAUUUUUGAGGGCGUUCUGCAAUAUUGUUUCCAGUCUGAUUGCUUCAAAUGAUCAAAUUUUCAUAAAUUCUUCAAAAUAUUAUAUUUAUAUUUUUUCAUAAAAGAGAUGAAACCACCGGAAAGAAAAAAAUAUUGAAAACAGAAAAUCAGAUUACGAAAUUCCAAAAGUCGCUGAUUUAUUUAUCAACUUGACGAGUUGAUACGUUAAUGAAGUUGUAUAAUAAUCUAUGAGAAAUGUUGUGUUGCAAACUCAAUGCAGUAUUAUCAGUUUAUGGUCAUUAUUAGAAUUGCAUGUAUUUAUGGAGUUAUUGGAAUGAUUUGAGAGCUCGUAUAUUUGAAGGAAACCCCCGGUUGUUGAAUUGUUUUGUAUUUGAGACUUUUUCGUGUUAGAGAAAAGGAAAGCUGUUAAUUUGUUUCAUUUUUCUAACAGAGUUUGUAAAUAAUUUUGUGUAUAUUGUGACUGUUAGACAGAAGUUAGAGUGUACAUUGGACAAGAUGUUGAAUUGGUGGUAAAUGUUGGAAGAGAGGAAAAGAAAUGCCAUAAAAAGCUACAGGCAACCAAUAACUACUAAACUGAAGUUAAAUUGGAAUAUUGAUGAUGUUUUGGAUAAUAAAAUUAGUUACAUAAGUGCGUUGAGUAUUUUUUCAAGAAUUAUGAUUGCUGUUACUUCUAGAGAAUUGUUCCAUUGUGAGAGACAACAUUUAAAAGAUACUGUAUCUGUUUUGUAACUGAAUCAAAAAGUUAUCAGUAAACCGAACUAGUUCAUUAUUUACAAUCGAACUAGAGUCCGGUGAUUGUUUAUCCUAAUAGAAAAUGAUUGUUUCGGAAGGAAUCUAGUUGAAAAUGUGGUUUAUGUGUGAAGUAGGAAAUUGUCGAUAUAAAUUUUGUUGUUAACAGUUGCAAAAGUAUAAUGUUUAAGUCUCGAUGUGUGUGACAAAAUUUAUAUGCAUUCGAGUUAAAUCGAUAUGAAUUAUUAAAAUGAUGGAUAUAUUUAUGUGUCGUAAGGUUCGACAUUUUAUACAUAAACCUGUACAAAUCAUUAAUAAAGAUAGAAGUGAUAACAGCAUUAA